AUCAUUUGUCAACAAUGUUUGGUAUAUCAAAAUACUUUCACCUGAAGAUAUUCAAAAGAUGGGAGAUCAAGGCGUAGAAUCUCGCGACAGUGCUCCCGGCCUACCAUCAAUAGGGGAUUACUGAGAUAUUGAAAACUAUCCCUUCAAUUCCCACGGUCAUGACAUAAGUAUCACAUGCUUUGAACACUACUUUUAGACCAGAACUUGCAUAUCUAGAUAUGUUCUGUAUUAUCUAUCUGUUCCACUUUCACCAUCUUAAUUACUUGGAGAGUUGAUAAAAUUUAUGAUAAGAAACUUAGGACAAACUAUUUUUGUUUAAUCAAGAGAAUCUCAGGACAAAGAUUUGUUCUACUAGUUUGUAACUUAUGUACUGAAUGCUAGAAAUGUUAGUAUUAUUAUUAUCACUAUUCACUACUGUACUAUUUGGUAA